CUGUCGACCAUCCGCCACGACGACUCGGUCGACGUGGAGGCGAUCGUGUCCAACACCCCGGGCGCCUCACCUGCGCAGAUGAUGGCGGCGCUGACCAAGGACACGGUGCGCAUCGCCCUGUUCGAGCACCGCAACGUGGUCACGCAACGGGACAUCGACCGCGCGCUGAUCCAUCAGUUGGCCGGCAUGGAGAACCCGAUCGAGGAGAUGGAGCCUGAGCAGCGGCGCUCCAUCGCAGUGCACGAGGCGGGCCACGCCGUAGUGGUCCACUAUGUGCUGCCGGAGAAGCGGAUCGGCCACCUGACCAUCCUGGCGCGCGGCCAGACGCUCGGCUUCAUGCUGCCGCUCGACGAGGUGGAGCAGUACUCGUAUCCGCUGCGCCGGAUCGUGGCCGACAUCAUGGUCGCCUUGGGCGGACACGCCGCCGUGCGCAUCAUCUACGGCGAGGAGUGGACCGGCGCCUACAGCGACUAUCGUCAGCCGACCGCUUCCGGCUCUUUGUUUACACGCUCGCACUCUCGGCCGCGCCGACGGAUGUGA